CUUGUUCGUGUGGGCUGUGCACCCGUCGGCUGCGCUGGUUCGGGCCGUGCAAGGGGCCCCUGCUCCACCGGCCGGUGCUCCUGGUGCCGUGAUGCUCUCGGGGUCCCCAGUGGGGAGGAGGUGGCGGGCCCUGUGGAGAAGUGGGCAGAAGGCGGUGCUGAGGCUGGGCCCCGGCUUUCUAAUUCUGGAGCUGAGAACAGACUGGUUUCCUUGACAACAGAGAUGAAGUCUGCUCGCAGGCCCCUGGGGGUGGGCUUUGUGUGUCUGCGGAGAGCGCGGGGACUCGGCGACAAGAAAGGAGAUCCUUUCUUCAUCGGUGCAGCAGCCCGGUCCUGAAAACUCGCCAGCUCUUACUGUAUUUUAAAAAUAUCAUAAACGUCCCAGGUGGCUCGGCGACAUCAGUUACGCCGUCUACGCGCUGGCAUCCAAGCGACGCGUCCUCCCUUGCUUCCCGCCCCAUUGUUUCUGCUCCUUGACGUAUUUUACCAGCAACACCUUGAUAACACGUCUUAAGGCGUCAGUAGCCUCCACCCGGAUGUUUGAGGUCCUGUAGAUGCGGUCGGCGCCCCGAGAGUGAAGCGGGUGCACGGGCCGAGCCCUGAGAAGCCGCAGCCUGGGACAGCGCCGGUCCAGCCUCCUGGCUUCCAGGCUUCGGCUCGCGCGCCAGGACCAUGAGUGAGGACGCCGUCCCCGACGCCGCGUCCCCGCCGCCCCCGCAGGGCCCGCAGUACUUCGACCGCUUUCCCGACGAUGACCCCGAGUACCUGCGCCUCCGCAGCCGCGCCGCAGACCUGCGGCAGGACUUCAGCCUGAUGGAGCAGAAGAAGCGCGUCACCAUGAUCCUGCAGAGCCCGUCUUUCAGGGAGGAGCUGGAAGGCCUCAUCCAGGAGCAGAUGAAGAAGGGCAACAACUCCUCCAACAUCUGGGCCCUGCGGCAGAUCGCGGACUUCAUGGCCAGCACCUCGCACGCCGUCUUCCCGGCAUCUUCCAUGACCUUCUCCAUGAUGACGCCCAUCAAUGACCUCCACACGGCCGACUCCUUGAACCUGGCCAAGGGGGAGCGGCUCAUGCGGUGCAAGAUCAGCAGCGUCUACCGUCUCCUCGACCUCUACGGCUGGGCCCAGCUGAGUGACACCUAUGUCACACUGAGAGUCAGCAAGGAGCAAGAUCACUUCCUCAUUAGCCCCAAGGGAGUUUCUUGCAGUGAGGUCACCGCGUCCAGCCUGAUCAAGGUGAACAUCCUGGGAGAGGUGGUGGAGAAAGGCAGCAGCUGCUUCCCGGUGGACACCACGGGCUUCUGUCUGCAUUCGGCCGUCUACGCAGCCCGACCGGACGUGCGCUGCAUCAUCCACCUGCACACGCCAGCCACGGCAGCCGUGUCAGCCAUGAAGUGCGGCCUCCUGCCCGUGUCCCACAACGCCCUGCUGGUGGGGGACAUGGCCUACUACGACUUCAACGGCGGGAUGGAGCAGGAGGAGGACCGGGUCAGCCUGCAGAAGUGCCUUGGACCCACCUGCAAGAUCCUGGUGCUAAGGAACCACGGGGUGGUUGCCCUGGGGGACACCGUGGAGGAGGCGUUCUACAAGAUUUUCCACCUGCAGGCUGCGUGUGAGAUACAGGUGUCCGCCCUGUCCAGCGCUGGGGGCGUGGAGAACCUCAUCCUCCUGAAGCAGGAGAAGCACCGACCCCAUGAGGUCGGCUCCGUGCAGUGGGCAGGGAGCACCUUCGGGCCCAUGCAGAAGAGCCGGCUGGGGGAGCACGAGUUCGAGGCCCUCAUGAGGAUGCUGGACAACCUGGGUUACAGAACAGGCUACACCUACCGCUACCCCUUUGUUCAAGAGAAAACCAAACACAAGAGCGAGGUGGAAAUCCCAGCCACCGUCACGGCCUUCGUGUUUGAGGAGGACGGCGCCCCGGUGCCCACCCUGCGGCAGCACGCCCAGAAGCAGCAGAAGGAGAAGACCCGUUGGCUCAACACGCCCAACACCUACCUGCGGGUCAACGUGGCUGAUGAGGUGCAGAGGAGCAUGGGCAGCCCGCGGCCCAAGACCACAUGGAUGAAGGCCGACGAGGUGGAGAAGUCCAGCAGCGGCAUGCCCAUACGGAUCGAGAACCCCAACCAGUUUGUGCCUCUCUAUACCGACCCCCAGGAGGUUCUGGACAUGCGGAACAAGAUUCGAGAACAAAACCGACAGGACGUGAAGUCAGCGGGGCCUCAGUCCCAGCUCCUGGCGAGCGUCAUUGCCGAGAAGAGCCGAAGCCCGUCCACGGAGAGCCAGCUGGCGGCCCAGGGCGACGCGGACACCAAAGACGAGGCGGAGGAGACGGCGCCCAACCCCUUCAGCCAGCUCACGGACCAGGACCUGGAGGAGUACAAGAAGGAGGUGGAGCGGAAGACGCUGGAGCUGGACGGGGAGAAGGAGACCCCGGCGGAGGGGCCGGGCUCUCCGGGAUCGGCUCCAGCUUCUGCGGCCCAGAGCCCAGCGCGGUCGGAGACGAAGAGCCCCGCGGUGUCUCCCUCCAGGUCUGCAGACGAAGGUGCUAAGACGGAAACAAGCAAGGCACCUGCAGAGCCUGAAGCGACGCAGCCGGAAGGAGUGGUGGUCAACGGCAGGGAGGACGAGCCAACCCCAGAGGACAUCCUCAGCAAGGGCUUGAGCCAGAUGACCACCACGGCCGACACGGAUGUCGACACCUCUAAGGACAAAACCGAGUCGGUCACCAGCGGCCCCAUGUCCCCGGAGGGCUCACCCUCCAAGUCUCCCUCCAAAAAGAAGAAGAAAUUCCGAACCCCGUCCUUCCUGAAAAAGAGCAAAAAGAAGGAGAAGGUGGAGUCCUGAUUGGUAGCAGCUUCGGCUCCCAUCCGCACCCUCUCCCCUCACCCCUUCCCUUCUCCCAUCUCUGUCCCCGGAGGCGCAGGGCCAAGGAGGGGUAGGCGAGGACCCUGGACCACCCUCUGAGGGCGAACUUGGAGAUCGCGCGACCAACCCCUCCGUCUACGGCUGCCCCGGAGAAUCAGGAGACUCCCCCACGGCCGCGUGGCUCGCUGGUGGCGAAGCCUGCGCCGGAGCGUGGGUCUGCUGGGCGCCCGCCCGGCCCAGUGCUCUCGCCACCGCCACCCCCGUGGGGACGCCGUGCACCGCGCCGAGCCCUGGGCGGAAGGCCGGAGGGGGCUGCAGGCGCCCACAGCCUCGGACCAACCCAGGCAGGGCCCGACUCUCCCGAGGAGCCAGGUCCUCCCCGCAGGCAUGCGGCCUCCCGCCCACGGAGCUGCCCCAGCCAGAAGUCUCUCCCCGUGGGGUCCCCGCCCUGCCGCGCACACUCAGCAGACACAUUGCCGCCCCCCUCCCCCAGCAGAAGUUAAUCUUUGUUCCCAAGGGCUGAUGGCUUUGCUUGCGCUUCCCCAGCCGCUAACCCCGGGCUGGCCUCACGGGCCCCUGGACGCGGACGGCGAAGGACCCGGGAGCGGGCCGCCGGGAGGGCUGGCCGAGGCGCCGCGGGCUCGCGAAGGGUUUGACGGGUGUCGGCAGCCGGGAGCCGGCCUGUUUGAGUCGCGCAUCUCAGGCGCUUCAAAACUGAAACCAAAUUUAGCUUAGGGUAAACGUGGUCUCACGCUCAGGGCAGAAAUCCGGGGGGAGUUAGAUCCUCCUGUCGGCCUUGGGUUGUGCGAGAGGAUCAACGCGAGAGGGAAGCGCCACGCCUCCCGGGCUUUGCAUGACGCGGGAGCGAUGCGGCUGCACCUGUUCCGCUCCGGUGGGGUCAGGUGUCCCCGGCCCGACCUCCAGACCGACGGGAACCGGCAGCGAACCCGUGGCUGCUUUGGGGUCCGGCCCUCACUCGGGGUCCUGCAGAGGAGAAUGAGCUGAGCCCUGGGGAUCAGUGCUCUCGGGCCAGUGUCAGAUGGAGCCCGAGCGCCCUUGCCCAUCACUGUCUGUCCGUCUGGGGCCUCGUGACGGCCGCAGCUGUCGUCGCAGGUGCCGGCACCUCGUCACGUCCUCCCGCGGGGCAUCGAUCAAUGAGCGUUGCUGGCUCCUGAGAAGCAGACAAUCCACGCUCUUCACAGCACAGCGUCUUCAAAGAGUAUUUUUCCUCCGUGUCCUGAUGAUCGUGAAAGCACUUGCGAAAGUUCUCGAUCCCCGUGUCCCCCGCGUGAGCCCUCACUUUCCACGUGGAGACCCUGCAGCUUUCCGUGCGUCGGACCCUCGGGCGUCAUGCCAACCCUGCCGUGGGGGUGAGAUGCUCCCGCCCGACGAGCACGGGAGCCGAGCCCCAGAAGGACAAUCGACUUGUUCCAGGAAGGUCCGGAGCCUUUGUUCUUCAGUCACGAUGACUAGACGACGAGCAAAUCCCCGAGGGGGGUGGUUUCAGCCCAGGACCUCGCCGGCGCCCGGUCUGCACCGUGGAGUGAAGGCGGGAGCCCCCGUGUGCUCCCCCGUCCGUGCACGCGAAGGUCUUGAGGACCAGGGACCGGGGUGGGGCCAGGCUGCCCUGUGACGAGGGCGCCGCGGGCCGGGCCGGAGCGUGGCUGCCCCCGGGGACGGACCGCGACCGUCCUGCCCACCCUCCCUGCCGCCGCCGCCCCUGCCCCGCUCUUCCUUGUGAUGGCCACCCGGUGGCCGGGGGCUUCGCUGCCUCAAAAAAAAAAAA